AUGAUGAGGACCGGACCGAGCGGGUCAGGGCCGGCCGCACCGAAUGGGAGACCCCUGCCUGGAGCUGGGCGGCUGCAGAGGAGCACCCCUGCACCCCGGGGGCCCAGGCCUCUCCCCUCCCACAGGAAGCUCGUUCUCCAGCCCCCACUAAGGCCCUUCCUCGUCCUGGUGCUGCUGGUUUCCAUCAAGCAAGUUACAGGUACUCUUCUGGAAGAGACAACUCAGAAGUGGGCUCAGUACAAAGAGAAGUGUCUAAAAGAUUUACUCCAGGAGCCUCCUGGUUUGUUUUGUCAUGGGACAUUUGAUAGGUAUGCAUGCUGGCCUCAUUCUUCUCCAGGAAAUGUCUCUGUUCCCUGUCCUUCAUAUUUACCUUGGUGGCGUGAAGAGAGCUCGGGAAGGGUCCACAGACGCUGCUUGGCUCAGGGCAUUUGGCAGACGCAGGAGAACUCCACAAAUGUUUGGCAGGAUGAGUCGGAAUGUGCCGAGGAUUCCAGCUUCAAGAAUACUGUGGAACAUCGGGCAUUGCUGUCGAGCUUGCAGCUGAUGUACACCGUGGGAUACUCCCUCUCCUUCAUCUCCCUCUUCCUGGCUCUAGCCCUCCUCCUGUGCCUUCGAAAGCUCCAUUGCACACGCAACUACAUCCACAUGAACUUGUUUGCUUCUUUCAUCCUGAGAGCCCUGGCUGUGCUGGUGAAGGACGUCAUCACCUACAACUCCUAUGCCCAGAAACCUGACAGUGUGAGCGACUGGCUGUCCUACAUACCACAGGUGUCCAGCUCCUGUCGCUCGGCCCAGAUUCUCCUGCACUACUUCGUGGGUGCCAAUUACUCAUGGCUGCUGGUCGAAGGCCUUUACCUCCACGCACUGCUGGGGCCCUCACUGCUUUUUGAAAGACGGCUGUGGCCAAGUUAUCUGUUGGUGGGUUGGGGAUUCCCAGUACUAUAUGUUGUUCCUUGGAGUAUUGUCCGUGCUCACCUGGAGAACAAAGGGUGCUGGGGGACCAAUGAGAACAAGAAAAUCUGGUGGAUCAUCCGAGGACCCAUGCUGCUUUGUGUAACAGUCAAUUUCUUCAUUUUCCUGAAGAUUCUCAAGCUUCUAAUUUCUAAGCUCAAGGCCCAUCAAAUGUGUUUCCGACAUUAUAAAUACAGAUUGGCGAAAUCCACGCUGGUCCUCAUUCCUUUACUGGGUGUUCACGAGAUCCUCUUCUCCUUCAUCACUGACGAUCAGGUUGAAGGGUUUGCAAGGCUCAUUCGACUCUUCGUCCAGUUGGCCCUGAGCUCCUUCCACGGACUCCUUGUGGCCUUCCUGUACUGCUUUGCCAAUGGAGAGGUGAAGUCUGAGCUGAGGAAGCACUGGGCCCGCUUCCUGCUUGCCCACCUGUCAGGCUGCAGAGCCUGGUUCCUGGGGAAGAACUUCAGGUUCCUGGGGAAAUGUCCCAAGAAUUUCCCAGAGGACAACAGCACCAGGAUGAUGCAGAAGCUGCAGCUCUCACCUGGCAGCGGAGGAAAGCUCCUGCACCUGGCUGCAUGGGGCCUGGGCAAGGUGGGCACUCGGCCCCAUGGAAACCGUGCUCCCUGGCCCCGGGGCAGCAACCUUUCUGAGAGCAGUGAUGGAGACUUCACCCCUGCCAACACUGUGGAGGAGAUUCUGGAGGAGAGUGAAAUCUAG